AUGUCGACUUUUCAAUAUCAAAAUACUUUAAAGAAAUUACCAAUACCUGAUUUAAAACAAACUUGUGAGAAUUAUUUAAAAGUAUUAAAACCAUUACAAACUGAAUUAGAAUUCUCAAAUACUGAAAAAGCAGUUAAUCAAUUUUUAAAUGAAAUUAAUGAUGGUGAUUCAAAAAGUAUAGGAUAUUAUUUAGAUGAAAAAUUAAGAAAUUAUGCUAAUGAUAAAGCAAGUUAUAUUGAACAAUUUUGGUAUGAUGCUUAUUUAAAUUAUGAUUCUCCUGUUGUAUUAAAUUUAAAUCCAUUUUUUUUAUUAGAAGAUGAUCCUUUUACUUCAACUGAAGCAAGUUCAGUUGAUCCUCAAAUUAAAAGAGCAACUACUUUAACACUAUCUUCAUUAAAAUUUAUACAAGCUUUAAAAAAUGAAACAUUAUCAAUUGAUACUUUAAAAAAUGGGAAACCAUUAUGUAUGUAUCAAUUUACUAAAUUAUUUGGUGCUUCAAGAAUUCCAACUGAUGAUGGUUGUAUGAUGCAAAGUGAUUCAAAAUCAAAUCAUAUAGUUGUUAUGUCAAAAUCUCAAUUUUAUUGGUUUGAUGUAUUAGAUUCAAAAAAUAAUAUAUUGUUAAAUGAAUCAGAAUUAAAUAUAAAUUUUAAUUCAAUAGUUUAUGAUUCUUUAAAAACUUCUAAUAAUGAUAUUGCUAAAUCUUCAUUUGGUGUUUUAACAACUGAAAAUAGAAGAAUUUGGGCAAAUGCAAGAAAAGAAAUUAAUGAUAAUAAAAUAAAUAAAGAAGUUUUAUCUAUAAUUGAUUCUGCUUUAUUUAUAUUAUGUCUUGAUGACAUCGUAAUUGAUGAUUUAUCUCAAUUAUCUAAAAAUAUGUUAUGUGGUUUAUCAAUUUUAGAUAAAGGUAUACAAGUUGGUACUUGUACAAAUAGAUGGUAUGAUAAAUUACAAAUCAUUAUAACAAAAAAUGGUAAAGCAGGUAUAAAUUUUGAACAUACGGGUAUUGAUGGUCAUACUGUUUUAAGAUUUGUUUCUGAUAUAUAUACAGAUUCCAUAUUAUCAUUUGCUCAAUCUAUAAAUAGAAAUGCACCAUCAUUAUGGAAAGAAACAAGAUCACCAUCAAUUGAUGAUGAAAUUGAAGAAUUUAUAACUGUACCAAGAAAAUUAGAAUGGGAUCUUACCCCAGAUCUUUCCUUAGCUUUAAGAUUUGGUGAAACAAGAUUAUCAGAUCUUAUAAAUCAAAAUGAAUUUCGUCAUUUGGAAUUUAAAUCUUAUGGAUCUGAUUUAAUUAAAAAAAUGAAAUUUAGUCCUGAUGCUUUUGUUCAAAUGGCUUUUCAAGCUACUUAUUAUGCAUUAUAUGGAAAAGUUGAAUGUACUUAUGAACCAGCAAUGACAAAACAUUUUUUUCAUGGUAGAACUGAAGCAAUUAGAACAGUUUCAAAUGAAUCUAAUUUAUUUGUAAGAAAAUUUUUUGAUUCUCAAAUUUCAAAUAAAGAUAAAUUAGAAUAUUUAAAUCAAGCAUGUAAAGCUCAUUCUGCUCAAACUAGAUUAUGUUCAAAUGGUGAAGGUGUUGAUCGUCAUUUAUAUGCAAUAUUUUGUUUAUGGAAAAGACUAUUAAUUGAUGAAAAUGAUAACAAUGAUAUACCUAAAUCAAUUCAACAAAUUCCAUCAAUUUUUCAAGAUUCAGGUUGGGAUAAAUUAAAUAAUACAAUUAUAUCAACUUCAAAUUGUGGUAAUCCUGCAUUAAGAUUAUUUGGAUUUGGACCAACAACAGCAAAUGGAUUUGGCAUAGGUUAUAUAAUAAAAGAUGAUUCAAUAUCAUUUUGUGUUGGGUCCAAAUAUAGACAAACUCAAAGAUUUUUAGUUACUUUAAAUUCUUAUUUUCAAGAAAUUCAAAAAAUUUGGCAAAAUGUUGAAACUUCAAAAAAAUUAAAUAUUGAUGAAUUACCUAAGAUAAAUAAUAAAAAUUUAACAAGUUUAUUAGGUGGUUAUGGUUAUUUUGAUAUGGGUGAUGAAGAUAUUAAAAGUAGAGGUCAAACUCCUGAACCUCCAUUUUUAAGUAGAGGUAAUUCUUCUUAUACUUUAAGAGAUAUUGGUAAAAAAUUAAGAUUAAGUGAAUAUUAG